GCUCUGACUGACACCUGCAUUCAUUUAUUGACCUAAUUAGUCACUGAUUAGGUCACAUGGCAUCUUGCAGUGUGACCGUGAGUCUGAACUGAGUCAAACACUGAGUAAAUUGCCAAAGAUUAAUUUUCAUUAUAAAGAAGAUGGCAGAUACACUACACCAAAAUUGCCAACAUGUAAACUUAAUGCACAGCUAGGGCUAAACCAUUAUCCACGAGUGAACAUGCUAAAGUUUUCCUAAUAUCAACGUCAUUCCAAUCAUUAGAAUACAGGAUGAUUAAAAACAAUGUUUACUGGCACAAUUAUAUCAAUAAAUUAAUACUUACUCAAAGGGUUCAGCUGAACCGUGUCCCAGCAAGAAAGUCUCGAUUGACAGGUGUGCAUCGUUUAUCCGUUCAGUAAAGGCACGUCCGAGGAUCCGACAUGGGUCCGUUCAGGAUCCGCUGUUUGACAGUAGAAUUUACCGCGUUGCCGGAGGCGGAGGUGAUCCUCUGCGCGGCUCCAAAACAAAUGUGACAGCCACGCGGGUUUGGCGACUUGAACGCGGAUCCGCGUAGGAGUCUCCUGCUGUGUGGGUGGUGACCUAAUGUGUCGACUACAAUCAACAGUGAGGCAGAGGGCUCUUAGUGCCAAUCAAAUUAAUGUGCUUCGUGGGGAGGAAUUUGAUUGUGCACUGAGAGCUUUUCGUCGGUCCACUUUUGAUCCACAGUCCAGGCUGGAUGUGGUGUUUGUGGAUGAGAGUGGAGUGGGCAAAGGGGCAGUUGAUGAGGGUGGGCCCACAAGAGAGUUUUGUCGACUCCUCAUGGGCCAGAUCCAGCAGCAUCAUAUUUUUGAAGGGCCUUUGGACUCGCGGGCUUUGGCUUUAGAUAAUGUUGGUAUGUUUGCUUUACACAGAAGUUUAUUUUUUUACAGAAGUUGCACUUUAUUUCAUUAGGCACUGUCUGUCUCACACUAAUAGAAAACAAACAUACAUUUUACUGCAUUAAAACCAAUUACUUUUUUCUGCAGCCUUGCACAAUGGGAUAUACAGACUUGCAGGCCAAAUGGUGGCUGUUUGUCUAAUUCAAGGAGGGGUUUCUCCGCACUUUUUUUCGGACCGGCUUUUUAGGCAGGUUUGUUGCCUUGUUCCUCUCGUGCCAUCCAUAAAAGAGGUGGCAGACAAAGAGCUACAGGCAAAAUUGCACAAGAUAGCAACUGCUGGUACAGUACAGGAGGCCCGAGAGGCAGUAAAACAAGAAUCAGAUGAGCUGUCCAUGAUGUGAGCUUUGCGCUACCUAAACUCCAUGGCCCAGAGGGAUGAGUUAAUGUCAGCUAUUCUUGAAUUUUACUCAGAGGGUCGCAUUCAUGCUGCACUCGAGCAGUUCAAAGAAGGUCUAAGUGCCAUUGGGCUCUUACAGGAGAUGGUGGCCCACCCAUCUUCCUUUAAAGAACUGUUUGUGAAAACCACCACCAAACUUACAGCAGAAGAUGUCGCUGGGUUGUUCAAACCACAGUUCACCUCCCCUGUAGGCUCCAAUAAGAGGAGACAAGAGACCAGGGCUGUGGUAUUCUGGCGGGACUGGCUUUUGGAGGUUGAGGGUGGAGAUGCAGCACCCAUUUCCCUGGAGUACAUCCUUAUGUUUGCCACAGGACUAGACUGGGUUCCAGCAGUAGGAUUUUCAACUCAACCCGAACUCACUUUUCUACAUGAAGAAGAUGAACCUGCAGUGUUUCCAACCUCCAACAAAUGUUCUUUAAUUUUAAGAAUACCAGUUAAAAACACAUGAAUCAUUUAAAACCGCAAUGGAAGUGGGAAUUGGAAAUGCAGAUCAGUUUGGAGUACAAUAAUUUUUUUGUUAUAUUUUUCUUGUAUUUUUAUGUUAACAAGUUGCAUUUUCUUAUUUCAAUUAUUUUUACUGAAUUAAUUUUCCAUGUUCAAUUAGUUACACCGUUUAAGUUGGUCCCUGUUUACUCAAUGUUUUAAAGUACAUGUUUAUUUUUUUAUAUUGUUUGUUGUUUUUAUUAAACUGUUUAUAGCAAG